GGUUGAUCUUUUAUAAAAAAAAAAAAAAAAACUCAGCACCCGAGUCAAUUAGACCGACCCGGAAGAUUCAUCGAAACCCCUUCCACCACAAAAGCUUCAUACAUCGCUUUUCUUCGCGAUUCAGAAUCUCAAAACCGGUGAAGAAGAAUUGUAGAAUUUGCAGCAAAAAGCUUAUCAAUUUUUCAACAGGAUAAUCAACAAUGUCUUCGCUUGCGGCUGCGAGAGCGGACAACUUUUACUAUCCCCCAGAAUGGGACCCCAGUCAGGGUUCACUGAACAAUUUUCAUGGCCAACAUGCUUUGCGGGAGAGGGCGAGGAAAUUAGAUCAGGGUAUCCUGAUCAUAAGGUUUGAGAUGCCUUUCAACAUAUGGUGUGGAGGAUGCAAUUCAAUGAUUGGAAAGGGUGUCCGGUUCAAUGCAGAGAAAAAACAAGUUGGAAAUUAUUACUCAACGAAGAUAUGGAGCUUUACCAUGAAGUCUGCAUGCUGUAGACAUGAGAUUGUCAUUCAGACUGAUCCUAAGAACUGUGAAUAUGUCAUUAUCAGUGGAGCCCAGAAAAAAACUGAAGAUUAUGAUGUUGAGGAUGCAGAAGUUUUGGAAUUAGCUACCAAUGAAGAGAGGAGUUUGCUUGCAGAUCCAUUUUACCGCCUUGAACAUGGAGAAGAAGAUUUGAAAAAAAAGAAGGAAGCUGAACCAGUGCUUGUGCGUCUCCAGCGGCUAUCUGAUACCAGGCACUCAGAUGACUAUGCUCUCAAUAAGUCUCUCCGGGCCCAACUUAGAAGUCAAAAGAAAAGAGUUGCUGAAGAAGAGACUGCUUCCAGGAAAAGGGGCCUUGGCAUACGACUACUUCCUGCUACAGAACAAGAUGCAGCUACUGCAAAACAAGUGAAGUUUUUAACCAAGUUUGACAAGAAUCGGAAGGAUAAACGGGCAUUAAUCAAUUCCGCAUCCAUCUUCCCUUCUAGUUCUUCCACGUCUGAUAAGAGAAGGCUAGAACUGGAGUCUAAAAGAAGAAAAAUAUCUGCAACUGCGGCAUCCAGUCUUCUAACCGGUGGACUUAAGCCAUCAUCAUGGUCUCAGGGUACUAUUCCUUCAAGCAGGCAAAAAGGAGCUUCAAUGACCGUAAGACGUUAGAAGUAGACUGCUGAAACAUGUCUGUGAAGUUGGUUUAGCACCGGUUAUUUCGACUUUGUUGGCAUUGAAGCUUGUACAUAGAAGUUGCUUUGUGAUUACUAUGUGUUAUGUAUUCUGUGAAAAUGAACCUUUUAUGGUUGUAAUCUGUUUUUUUAUGAUGAGAAAAAUUAAAUGAUUACACACUCAUAAAUUUAUACA